AUGCAUAUCCCUUCUUUGGUCUCUGCCUCUGCUGCUCUCUCCAUUGGCGCUUCAGCACGCAGCUCCCUCUACGUCGACAAUGCUCCCGAUCACGUCCGCCCCUACGUCAUUGAACGAUACGCCAAUGCCCAAGCCGUCGCCGUCGGCCAGCAGAUCUACAGAUUCCCCGUCACUGGCGCGUCCUCUGGUGGUGCCUUUUCCAUCCUCAUGACAAGCUCUCCUGGCUCUGGUGCCUUGGGAGUCCUGCCCCAUAUCCACCGCACCCACUACGAAAACUUCUUUUGCAGCAAAGGACGAUUCCAGCUCUGGACGCAAAAGAACGGUGAUGAAGAGGCCAGAGUAAUGUUGCCUGGAGACUAUGGCGCUGUGCCCCAGAACACCACACAUACCUUCCAAGUCCUUGACCCCGACACAGAAAUGCUGGGAGUCAUCCAACCUGGUGGCUUUGAAGCGCUGUUUUUCGCUAUUGCGGAUUCAAACUAUACGUCCUCGACUUCGUCGCCUUAUGUGCCUUCCUCGGGCUCUGGAGCCACUGAUGCCGGUGCCGGCUCCUCGGCUUCCUUGAUCUCUGCUUUGGAGUCUUUUGAUGUGUUUGCCCAGCUGGACUUUUCUCCUCGUCGCGAUCUUGUCAACGGCAGUGCUCCUGCCAACGCAACUUGGCAUACUGGCAAAAACACACCUGCCUCUGACUCACACACGCCCUUUUACGUGGCCAAAAACCAAGGACCCAUGUACCUAAACUCCGAACACGGAUACCAAAUCAUCGCCCCUUUUAUCGCGUCCACCCAAUCUUCCGGCGCCUUUGCAGAAGGCACGAUUACCAUGUCCCGUCAUCUCUCCAACACCACAAUCCCUGUGAGAAAGUUUGCUCAACACAUGGCUUUUGAGGUUUUGGAAGGUGCGUUGCAAGUCAGCAUGCAAGGAGAAAAAGUGCAGUUGUUGCAGGGUGAUGUGGUGUUUGUUCCUGGCAACACUAGCUUUUCUUACUGGUCUGAGGUUGCGUUUACCAAGUUUUUGUAUGUUGGUGCUGGAGGUAAGGGAUUGGAUAAGGCCUUGAUGGAGAAGGCUGUUGAGUGGGAGUAUCCUACUUGGCCUACUUUUGCUGUUUGA